AUGAAGGCCUACUACUUGUGCGCGCGCACCCCAUCGCACCGUUCCCAUUCCAGAGUUGCACUAUACUGACUGACCUUGCACCGAACCUAACCGCGCACGGGGCACGGUCGCAGCGACGACAUCCCCGGCGACCAACGUCUGCCCCACCACUCGGGCGAAGAUGUCCCCCUCGCCAGCCUCGAAGCACUCGGUCUGUUGCCCCACCCCGACAUUGGCAUCGACGAGGUCGAGCAGAUGUGAGCCCCACUUUGAAUCCAUCGUCGGGGAUGCGUCGACCGGCUGUUUGUUAGGGAUGGCUGAUGCUUUGUGGGCAGUGCGAAAGAUCGAUCGUACAAGAACAACGACGAGAUCAACGUCUCUCGUGCUGGAUUGGGCGACGCCUACGAGACCAAGAUCAAGGGAUUCUUUUCGUGAGUGCUAUUCAGAAGAUCCACACCAUCUUCGUCAGCCUUUCGUGAUGCCAGAAGCUGAGGCGAAAAGGGGACGAACGAUGACGUGAUCCGCGCGAUCCCACCUUUUGUUCGGCUCUCUCUCGUCGCUGAUUUUUCUUUUCUUUCCGAAACGUGCUCGAUCGAACAGCGAACACCUGCACGAGGACGAAGAGAUUCGGUACAUCAAGGAAGGCUCUGGUUUCUUCGACGUGCGAGGUACGUUGCCUUGCGGCCUUUUUUUUCGCUCGCUGUCGAGACCGAAUCCCCUACUCCGGUCCAGGACCUGAGUCUGCAACUUCGUACCUUGCCCUGCGGCGCAAUGAUAGACCGUUCCGACGAGCGUUGGAUCCGCAUCGCCGUUGGACCGCGGGACCUCAUCGUCCUACCCCCCGGCAUCUACCAUCGGUUCACUUUGGAUGAAAAUGAUUACAUCAAGGCGAUGAGGUUGUUCAAAGACGAGCCCAAGUGGGUCCCCCAUGAUCGGUCGGACAAGACGGAGGAGAAUCCGUUUAGGAAGCAAUACGUCAGGGAGGUGGUGAUGACUUAG